AUGAACUGUGAAAACGAACAUUUCCACGGCCACUCCCACUCCCACGGCGACGGCAACGGCGACGACCACGUGCCACCCACGCCGACGUCGUUGGCAUCGAGUUUGAACUCAAAAAUCGACUUGCCGCACGUGACCGCCCUAAACAUGGAAAACCGCCAGGAAGAUCUCCAGAAAGUGUUCAAGUCAGAGAAUAACAGGUACUCGUUGAAGCCAAUCAUCAAGAGCGACGCUGACGAGCAGCUCAUUUUGCAUAUCCCCUUUUUGAACGGGUCCGUGAAGCUCCAUCUGUUGAUCCUAAGGACCAAUGGAGAUAAGUUCUGUCCAAAGACAGUCAAGCUUUGGAAGAACAAUCGAAGCAUUGAUUUUGAUAACGUGGAGUCGACAAAGCCCAACCAUACAGUUCAACAUCCAAAUGUAGGGGUCAAUUUCAACGAUGACGAGGAAGAAGUGCCUGAAACUUUAAAGAGCGACGCUGAUUUCGUAGAGCACCAUUUGCCUCGCCACGUCUUCACAGGAGUCCAGCACUUGACGUUAUUCUUCCAGGAUAUGUACGGGAGCGACGAGGAGCAGGUACAUUUGCACUCGAUCGAGCUUCGAGGAGAAUUUUCCGAGUUGAAGAAGGAUCCUGUGAUUACAAUCUAUGAGGCAGCUCCAAAUCCAGCAGACCAUAAAAUCGCAGAAAGAAACCACACCGGAGGUGCCAACGUGAGUUAG